AUGAGCUUUGUUAAGACUGCCAGGGAUACCAUCCUGGAUUACAUUGGGAUAUGUCUGAGUUCCUCCACCAUAUCCCUCCAAUCACUUCGAAAAAAUCAAACUAGUAUACUUGAAUGUACGAACUUGGCGGGUGACCAUGAGGGAAAUAUAGUAGAAGAAGCAACGCAUAGAAAAGUCACGUUGAAAGGAAUUAAUGUCGAUGGAGCAAUGAAAUUCCCCACAUCUCCAGAUUUACCCUCGCAUAAAGGAUGUGCUAAUGAAUCUGAUAAUAUUUUCUUUGAUGGAGAUAAUGUCUCCUUUGUGGGUAGACCAUUCCCCAUAAGCGAAGCCAGAGAAUAUUUUCAAAGGAUCAAAUCCUGGGGAUAUAAUACUAUCCGGUAUUUACUAACUUGGGAAGCUAUUGAACACAAAGGGCCUGGAAUAUACGAUGAAGAUUUUGUAGACUAUACGAUUGAAAUGUUGGAAAUAAUAGGAGAAAUUGGUGGGUUAUAUGUCUUUUUAGAGAUCCAUCAGGAUGUAUGGAGUAGAUUCUCCGGUGGGAGCGGAGCACCAAUGUGGACUCUUUAUGCCGCCGGUUUACAACCAAAACGAUUUACUGCAACCGAGGCAGCGAUUUUCCAUAAUGAAUCACGAUUCCGUGACUCAACAGACACAUAUCAUAAAAUGCUAUGGACAUCUAAUUAUAAUAGAUUAGCUUCAUUGGUUAUGUUUACCAUGUUCUUUGCUGGUAAGGAUUACUUUCCUAAUUUGAUUAUCAACGAUUUGAAUAUUCAAGACUAUUUACAACAACACUACCUUAAUGCUGUACAGCAUGUUUGGUCAGCAGUAGCCAAGAAACUACCACAGUUGAUUUCCAAUGGAACUAUUCUUGGGUUUGAAUCAAUGAAUGAACCAAAUUAUGGAUUAGUAGGUCAUCCAAAACUAGACGAAAUCCCCAGACAUCAACAAUUAAGGGUAGGAACAACCCCCACGGCAUAUCAAACCAUGAAAUUAGGUAUGGGAUUUGCAUGUGAAUUAGACUCUUAUAGAAUUUCCAUUACAGGCCCUCAAAAAUAUGGAACUAAGAUUAUCAACCCCAAAGGGCAGAAAGCAUGGUUGACUCCUGAAGAAGCGGCUGAAUUAGAUUUACAUUAUGGAUUCAAACGUGCCACCACUUGGAAAAUUGGAGAAUGUGUCUUUGCCCAACAAGGUGUAUGGAAGUGGCCCGAGCGUAUUAAUACCGACUUGACAGAACAGCAGUGGUUAGUUGAAAGCUCCAAGUGUGAAAUGCGCAAUCCAUACUUCUUUCAAGAGCUUAACUCAAGGCAUAAGUUGAGCAAAGCUGAACACAAAUAUAUUGACAUGGAAUAUUUCAUAAACCAUUACUUUAUGGAUCAUUACAGAAGUUUCAAAGAAACUAUUAGAUCCAUCACUCCUGACUCGUUCGUAUUAAUUCAACCACCAACACUUCAAAUUCCACCGCGUGUAAAGAAUGAUCCAAUCAUUGACUCCAAAACAAUUUAUUGUCCUCAUUAUUAUGACGGGCUUUCAUUAAUGUUCAAAAGUUGGAACGUCAAGUACAACGUAGAUACAUUUGGGAUAAUGCGUUCUCGAUAUAUCAACCCAAUAUUAGGUGUUGUUCUUGGCGAACGAGCAAUUCGAAACUGUAUCAAGAAACAGUUUAUGCAAAUUAGACUAGAGUGUAACGAAUGCCUUGGUCAUAUUCCUAUCCUUAUGUCGGAAACAGGGAUGCCGUUCGAUAUGGAUAAUAAACAAUCAUACAUUACCAAAAGAUUUAAAUCACAAACGUGUGCAUUGGAUGCCAUUUGCAAUGCUCUUGAAGGCGCAAACAUGUCACACACGUUUUGGUGUUAUACCAGUGUAAAUUGUCAUGAAUAUGGUGAUCUUUGGAACAACGAGGAUUUUUCAUUUUGGUCAGCUGACGAUAGUCCAAAUCAUACUACAAAUACUUCUGGGAGUAGAUUGAACUCUGCUGAUGAUAAAUCAAAUGAUGCUUCAAUUAUUGUUAGAAGUAGACUGAAUUCAAUCAUAAAUGCAGCUAGAUUUGCGUCUACAAAAAUGUCGAGAGCUUCGUCAAGAAUAUCCGCUGAAGAAAUAAGUAAUUCGGACAAGGCGGAUGAAGUUCCUUCUUCAGCAUCAUCUAUUAUUUCUACAAUUAGUGAGACUUGCUUGAGUAAAAAGCAUUAUUAUGCAUUUGAUGGAGUAAGAGCUCCAAAUGCAAUCAUUAGACCCUAUGUCGUUGCCACCCCGGGAAUUGUGAAUUCUUGUGAAUUUGACCUGAAACAACCGAAAUUUGUUGUUCAAUUGAGGACACAAAAUAGUGAUAAACCAACUGUUAUAUUCGUACCAAAAUGGCAUUUCCCAUAUUUAAGCUUUAGGGAUAUUUGUUUGAGUUCAGGAAAGAUAAAAUAUAACCAAGCAUUGGAAUAUAUAGAAUGGUAUCAUGAAGAGGGUGGAACUGAGGAAACUAUAAUCAUAAAAAGAAGCACAUAGAUAUAGGCAAUACAAUAUAUUUAUUCUAUUAAAACUCCAAAUUAUCCUCUCUUUCUCGUUUUCCUACUCCCUUCAAUUCUUGCUUCACUAAAUCAUUAACAAAUUUAGUGAAGUAUUCGACAUAUGGUUUCAAACUUGUCUUUUCAUAGGGAUGUUUACCUUCACCUUCUUCGUUGAGGACUUCAGAUUGUUCUAAUUCGUUUUGUAAUUGUCUUAAAUUAGGUGCAUUUGUUGGGUUGAAUCCAUACUCGUCGUUUUCGGGAUUACCGGAAAUAUUCUUAUUUAUAUCAAAUGGAACACAGACAUUACCAGUGCUUGGAUGAAUGCAAAAUGGUGACUUUAACAAAUGGAUGACUUGACGAGAAACCUCAACAUCCAAUCUUGGGUACAUGUAAUAGAUAAUGAUAUCCUUUUUGGCUUCAUUUAAUUGAUUUACUUGAAUGUUUGAUUUAAGCACCAGUUUAGCCAAUUUGUUAAUAUCAUCCCAUUUAGAACGGGAGCUGGAAUACAGAUUCUUCCACUUGUUUCUUAGCUCGAUUUGUAAUGACUUAUGUGGGAUUAAGGAUAAUAGUUCUUCAAUUUGAACCCAAGCUUUCUCGUUGUUUGCAUCCAUGGAAGUCAACCAUGGGUUUUGCUCUUCCAAUAUAACUUCACUGAAACUGUUCUUUAAGAUAUUAAAUGAUCUUUCAAUGUGAGGAUGGUAUGGUUUCUUUAUACUCAAUUUACUACUUUUGAUCCCCUUGGCACCCAACACAUCCAAAUAAUCAAUAAUGGCCUUUCUCAUAGUUUCAUCCAAAUUUCUAGCUCUGGCAUCACUAACCCAGCAAUGCGCCCCUCUUCUACCGGAGAAAACCCAAAUUAAAUUCAGAAACCCGAAAUCUUCCCUCAAGGCCGAUUCAAUAAUUUUCGAACCAACUUGAAUGAAUUUCCAACAUUUUGUACAAAUGUCGGUUCCGGAACAACAGGUUCUGAUAUCAUCAUAAUCAGUCAAAUCGAUAUCAAACACUAAUUCCUUGCCUCGUGGUUUCAUGGCCAGUUUAGGUACGUUCUUUCUUUCCUUGGGAUCAAUGCUAUAUAUGGCCCCAAUUUCAAAUCUGGUGGGGUUAGCUCUGACGACCGAAUUCUUGAAUUCAUCGAGUGUUCCAAAGGAGUUGUAUCUCUGGUAAGCACCGUUACGAUAUUCAUAUGCAAACUCACGCUUGGUGAAAUCGGUAGUUGGUUUAGGUGAAUGGUUCAACCAUUGGAAUAUUUGUCUGAAUGGGAGUAACCUUUGAUAAUAGAAAAUCAUAUCUGUUUCUGAAGGUCUGUUUGAUUGAGGGGUGGCAUUUGUGUUGAGUGUUUGCAACAUUGCAGGAUCCUCUACUACGGGUGCCAUCUUUAGUUUCUUACCUUCUCUCCGUCUAUAAUUGGCGUUAUCUU